CGAGAAAGGCAGGUGGAAGCUUUCGUUCUCCUCCGCGUUGAUCAUAACCUGAUCAUUUCAGCAUUAUUGAGGACUUGUAUUAUGUGUCUUGCUAAUUCGGUGAUGGUUUUAUUGCAGUACUGUGAACAGAAAUGCUGUAUGCUCGUUUGUCUCACAUGCCGUGCUGUUUGGUUGACGUUUAGGGCUCCACAACAGAUCAGGAAGUGAAGUCUGCGUUGUUUAUGGAGCUCUUUGUAUAUUAAAGGAUACGACGUCGCUGACCCCGGACAUUGACCGCAGCAGCAGUCAGCAGUGAUGUUUGCGAAGAAGAGAGGCCAUACAUGUUUGAUAGCCUCCAGUAUGGCCACGAUAUUCCUUUUAAUGAUGGUUCUCUACGGGACCAUCGGCACCCAGCAGCAGGCCGGCAGCUCCAGCCUCAGAAUGGACCACCAGCUGGACAGACCCCUCUACAAACUGGACCUGAGCUGGCCCAAGAGCUCCGAGCUGUUCACUGGAGAGGUGUUUGGAGUGGCUGUCAACCAGUAUGCUGGGGUGGUGUAUGUGGCACAGAGAGGUGAAAACAUACCAAAGGUGCUUGUGUUCACCACGGACGGUGACUUCCUCAUGGCCUGGAACACCACCACCCUGGAGAUGCCUCAUGGGAUAUUUCUAGCAGAUGCUGCUUCUUCAAACCCCACAGUGUGGAUCACUGAUGUGGGAGACGGCCCGUACGGUCACUGCAUCAAACAGUACUCGCCAUCCGGGAAACUCCUGCAGACUCUUGGGACACCAGGGCAGGCGGGCUCUGGGAUUAACCCUCUGCAGUUUGACCAGCCAGCUGAGAUCUUCGUGCACGACUCUGGAGAGAUGUACAUCGUCGACGGUGACGGUGGGAUGAACAACCGCCUCAUCAAGCUGUCCAAAGACCAGGAGGUGCUGUGGGUGCACGGGGAGAAAGGACACAACCCGGCUCAGUUCUACAUCCCACACAGCGUGACCGUGGACGCCGCUAUGAGGGUGUGGGUGGCUGACCGGGGAAACAAGAGGAUCCAGGUCUUCAACUCCAUCACCGGGGACUGGCUGGGCACAUGGGGGAGCUGUUUCACUGAGGAUGCACCGUACUCUGUCCGCCUGACCCCGGAUAAGAGGUACUUUGUUGUUGUGCAGCUCAACACCAACCAGAUUUCGUUGCUGGACGCCCCGCCGGUGGGUCAGAUUGGUCAGUGCAGGGUGGUGAGUGUGAUCCAGCUGGCUGAUGAGGUGAAGCCACACCUGGUGGACCUGGACUUGAAGACGGGUGCUCUGUUUGUGGCUGAGAUUGGAGCUCAGCAGGCACAGAAGUUCACCCCCUUCAGUCUGGGAGCAAAUUUACUUUAGAACCUCAGCAACCCUCUGUUUAAAGGGUAGAAAUGGCAUGGUUUGUCACAAAUGUAUGUUUACCUUUCACUCAAAAAUAAGGGCCCUGGAUGUCCAUGUAAGUCAUGUAAUGAUCGAUCAUAAAACCCUAACAGAUCGUAUCUAAGGCUGCAAUUUCUAAAGUCUGCUCUGAAUGCUUUAUCUCAUAGAAUCAACAGUUUAGGCUCCAAAUUUGCCAUGUUGUCAGAGUACCAGCAAUUUUGUUUGCAGGAAGUUCUUUGGUUCUUUUCCAUACUCUGGGCUUUUUUCUUUUAAUUUGGAGCUUCUAUGCCUUUAUAUGUGAGGGGAAUGAAGUUCAGGAAAAGAGCCACAGGCUGGAUUUGAACCCAAGCUGCUUGGGCAGACAUAACCACUAGACUUCCCUACUCAUUGUCUAAAUUGCACAAAUACAUUGACAACACUGUGGUAUGGAUACGUAGCAAAUCUAUUUUUUUUACUCAUUAUGUUGCUGCUGUUCAGUUUAGACAGUGGGCAGGACUUUGCUUGCAACUUUUGAUAAUUGAAAACUAAAAAGUUCCCCAAAUUGUCUCACUAGAGCCACAGUUUUUGUUGCAGUGCUAUUAAAACAGGUCUCUAUAUGAUUUCAUUUUUCUAGUAUCAUUUUGAAGUUUAAAAUUCUGGCAUCAUGAUAACUCUAGUUUCUUUAAAUGCUGCAGUAAACUAAAGGUUUGUCUGUGUAAAAAGUCACCAGAACUUGCAGCUCAUGCAGGCCAUGUUUUGGUUUCAGUGAGUUGGCUGAAACCUGCAUUCACCCAGGUUUUAGAGGGGUCCUAAUCCUAGUUUGGCAUGGCAUGCAGCUAACCCAGAUCCUGACACGUGCAUAAUUAGACCUCAAAGAAAGUUGGAGCACCUGCCAGGCUGAAGGAAAGUGCACUCAAAUAACCUAUUCUUUAUCAGCACACAACCUGCUUGGCAAACACAAUGUGUUGAUUUGAUCAAGUACUUGCUUGCAAAGUCUUGCAAAAUUAUAUGUGCAAUCAUUAAGGUUGCCAAACCUAUACAUUUUGAUGCCUCUUGUUGUAAAACAAAACUUUCUGUUUUUUUUUUUAUGGAUAGUGUUGCUGCAAUUUAUUCUUGCCACUUAUCAAACACAGAAACUCAAAAUCAAACCAACCACUUGGUUGGCUUUUCAGUUUAUUCAGCUGUCCUUUAAAAACAAAGGGGGAUCUUGUAGCAUGUCACUUGCCUUUUUGGUAAAAAAAAAAAAGUGUCCACCCUCCAGGCUGUUCGCCCUUUCUUACCUGCCUAUCUGUAUACACAUCACUAAACUACAGAUUCUAUCAAAAUAGAAGCAUUAAAAAUACUCAAAACAAUAACACUAGCAAUAUCAAACUUAUUUCUUGAGAAUUUAUCUGAGCAUUUCAAUUAAAUAUCCAUGAUCAUUAGUUAUAUAAAACAAUGUGAAUAGCUCCAAUAUAUAGUAUCAAAAAGUGCUGUAACUAAUAAAAAAAACUUAAGAUGCUCAAUCAUAUUUUAAACUGAUCUGCAUGCAAAAGAAAAAGAAAACAUAACCAUGCAAUUGAAUGUGCAGAACUUUGCUUGCACUUUUUGCCCAAUUAAAACACUGAAUUGCCCAAAAUUGCUGUGGUAGCUAAGAAGUUAUCAAAACUGUUUUUGUAUUUACUUGUAGCAUAGCGAUGUUUAAAAAUCUAGCGUAUUAGUUAUGAGGUUUCAGGAGGCUGAAGUGCCGCUUGUCAUGAUGCUGCAAAGAGUUGUGCUGGUUAAGGGAGAGAUAGACUUAAAAACAUAUAUUUUGGGGGCAUUUUUGGCUUUUAUUCAUAGAGGAGGACAGUGGAUAGAGUCAGACACAGGAAUGAGAGGGUGGAAGUGAGGCAUACAGGAAGGAACCCCAGGCUGGACUUAAACCCGGGCCAUUUGUUUAAUACUACACCCACCUGCUCCCACUGGAUUCCUGGCUACUGUCCCCUCCUGCAGCACGUACCAUCCACUCCAGCCCACACCCACAGUAGGUGGGUCAAAUCCCACCCACAUCCCAUACAGAUUCUGACAAUUGAUAUUAAAUAUUCAGAACAACAGACAGUAUGUUUAAUUAAAAGCAAUAUGGAUAUGUUCACUUAAGCACCACUUUGAUAAGUUUCCUCUCUGAAUGAAGGAAACCCUAAGAAAACAACCACAUCCUUGUCAUGCAUAACUGUGCCACACAUGGAUAAGAAAGCAGCUGGGAGUCUCAGACUGAUUUAACUCCUGGUUAUAGCAAUGCCAAAGAAUUAUUUUCCAACUUUAUUUACAGUCAUACAGAGGUGACAUUGUUUCCUGAUCUCUGGAAAGUUUGAGUAAAAGCUGCAGCACACUCCCAUCAGCUCUCAAAGACAGUGUGUUAAUCUUUUCUGUAUUUAUGCUGUGCUGUUACCAUCCACAUCAUUGGAUGCUUAUUGCAGUAAGGCCAAUUUGCAUGGAAAGGGGUGUUUUUCACCCAGAUAACUGCAGAAUGUCUUAGUGUCUCUGCGCACCGGCGCCUAUGUGCAGUGCAUUACUCAGCCCACCUGCAAAGCAACACAGACAUGUCGCCAAUUAUAGUAGUAAGAUAUUGAUUACUGAUGCAUGCAGACUCAUAGUUUGGUUCAUAAUUUUCAUACCCCUGUUAACAACAUUCAAUUAAAGACCUGCAUUAAAAACGUGUACCCCUAUUAUGGACAGUAAAACUCAUUGUGUUAAAAUGCGAUAAAACUACAGCUACCACUUGGCAGUUUCAUGCCUCCAUGAGGUUUACAAUUGUUAAAUAGUGAAAGUAGAGCAGAGGAUCAAGGAGAAGGGCUUGGGGUGUUUUUUGACUUUCAAAAUAAUUCCAGUUUAGCCUUGAGUAAUUAGACAUUUGUGGUUUAAAGAAAAUCCCCAACAGGGAUCUCAUGUUCACUCACAAGGGAUAAACAUAGGGCCUGAUGACCUUCAUUUUUGACCCUUGACCUCCAAAAUCAUAUCAGUUCACCCUAGGGUCGGAUGGAACUUUUUUGCAAGGCUUGGAGAAAAUUCCACCAAGUGUUUUCAAACUAUCAAGUUCUUUAAAAGGGGUGAACAUAAGGCCCAGUGACCUUGACCUUUGACUUUUGUGAGGAAAAUCCAUCAAAGUGUUCAUCACAUUCACAAACAGGCAAAUGGACGUCAAAUUAAAUAGGUCGAUACUGAAACAGCAUGUAGAAAUCCCUACUUUUGAUGUCAGAGCAUCAGAGCUUCUAAAAGACCAUCAGUUUAUAAAUGUUAUUUUAUAUAUUAUAAAUAAAUGUUACUUUUUGUGACAGAGCUUCCUAAGUGAGCAUGCGCUGUUGUGAGAAGAAAAAUUAUAUUGAUAUAUUAAAGUUAUAUUGAUAGAAUAAACGAAUAUAUCAUGUGAUGUGAUGAUAUGUAUCAUAUACAUAUGUGAUGAUAUGAUUAUGAGUCUGAAUCUGUCACAUGUUGGUGGGAAAUAUUUGGCUUUUUAAAACCCAGCUACUUUAUCUUUUUUUUUUUUUUAAUGCAGCUCAGUUAGUCCAAACCACUUCUACAGAUAUAAGGGUUUUUUUCUUACCGGUACAUAAUAAUCAGUAUAAAACAUUGUAAAUGAUGCAUUUUGGUGAUGAGCUUUUCAUUCUUGUGGCCUGUUUGUGAAGUAGUGUGCCAUUUGUGCUUAUUUUAUUCUGCACUGCUUGAAAAAAAUCAAGGAUUCCUUGAAAAAAAAGAUGCAGAAACAGCUCCAGGCCAGAGCUUUCUUGGCUGUUUUAUUAUUGUGCUUUUUGCCAACUUUGAAAGACAUUUAUGUUAAAAAAUAUAUGGAAGUAUGAAGAAAGCUGGAGCUGGAUUGUUUUUGCACUUUGUUGCUGAAGCACUUCUAAAUGCAGAGGAUAAAUGUAGUUAAUGUAUGAUUGAUCAAUUAUUUCUGCUUUGAACCUGUGUAUAGUUUCUCUCUGUAAUCUUUCUGAGUUCUGUUGCCAAAUCAGCUGUUUUCAUUCUAUUAAUGUGAUUUAUUGUAAAAUUGCUUUUCCAGUAGCUCUGUCGCCACAUUGGUGAGUGGUUUCCUUGAACAAGGAUCAUCCCAUGUUAAGGAUCAAAAUAUUUUUGCACCUGCACAGAACAAAUUCUUAUAGUUAAGCUAUUAUAAAGAGACAAGAGACUUUUGUUUUCAGAGCUUACUUGUCCUUAAUCACAGUUUAAAUCUAGAUUGUUCGGUCCAGUUUGGCACACAAAGCUCCUCAUCUCAAGACCUGAUUAAUGACGUGUUGUGCGACUCUACAGGAACUUUGUCAGCUGUGUUUAAGCUAAAUACAAAGACAACAGUCCACAGAAAAAACACUGCAAUAACUCAAGUCAGAAAUAUUUAGAUAUAUCUUAAGCCACAUUCAUCUCAAAAGGUCAGCUAAAGAUGUUAGUUCAAGGUAUAAAACACAACUAGAACUAGCACCAGGUGGUUAUUUACCUCUACAAUCUUCGUGACUAUUGUGAGUGCUCUCUUUAUGUUUACAUUAGUCUAGACUCUAGAGCAUAAAAAAAGAGACCUACAUUUCUUACAUGUGCUCCUAUACAUAAAGAAUGUAGAGGCUAUGAUAUGGUACAAGAUCACAACAACGUCACAGUAUGUAAGGCCUCAGCAACCGUUGACCUCCAAAAUCUGAUCAGUUCAAGUAUGAGCGUAGGUUUCUGCCAAAUUUCACAAAAAUCCCUUAAUGCAUUCUUUAAUUGUUGUGUGAACAAGGUUUAAGGUUGCAGGGACUCUGUUCGCCCAAAAUCUAAUCAGUUUAUCCUGAAGUCAGAGUGGACAUUUAUGCAAAGUCUGAAAAAAUAUCCUCAAAACGUUCCUAUGAUUAAUGACCUGGAUGGAAGGGAGUACAGAUGAACCCAAGUGAGUUUUUUGUGGCACAGUGACCACAAAAACCGAUGCAUGCAUUGCUUAAUGCUGCUCUUGCUCUUCGAGUUGGAGAGGUCACUUGUUUAAAGCAUUCUUGAGAUAUUCUGUAACAAGACAGGAAUGAACAUAAGGCCCAACGACCUCAACAUUUUGAAUCUAAAAUCUAAUAAGUUCAUCCUUCAGUCAGACUUGACAUUUAUGCAAAGUUUGAAGAAAAUGCCUGAAAUGUUCUUGAGAUACUGAGUUCACAAGGUAGGACUGAACAUGAGGCUCAAGACCUUUGACCUACUGCUUCCAAAAUUGUAUCAGUUCCUCCUUUACCCUGAGUGGCUAUCGCCAGUGGAGUCGCAUAAAUGAAUGCCAUGGGGGCAAGUCCAUUUAACCUUCAUGUCAUGAAAUAGGUCUUUUUUAAAAUGUAGACGUGUCAUUUUAAGACUCUAAAUUACAGUUUUUUGGCUUGAAUGGCAGAUAUUUGAAUUUUGCAUUUAAGUAAUCCAGGCCUCAUUAUUUCUCAUAAUAUCUUGAAUUAAGAUGAUUAUGUGGAUUUUCAGGUGAAUGUGGCUUAUAUAGCAUAUAACAGGAAAUUUUGGACUAGAAAUUAGACAAAUCCACUUGUAAGAUUUGAGUUUUCGUGGCAAGGGUGUAAAAGAAUGUGGGGCAACCCGACAUAAACUGCUAUUGCAUUAUGGGAAACGUAGGAAAUUGGGCCAUGCUAGAGGCCUAAAUCGUCCUGCAUCAUAGAUGAACAAAACAACAAAUCUUCAACUCCUUGAUGAUUUUAUACUUGUGUGUUGAAAAUGUCAGAGUCAGACAACAAUGUGAUUAUAGUUCUGUAUUUUCUUUUUCUACUUUAAUCUAUUCCACAUCUUUAUAUCAAGGUCUUUUCUGUCUGUGCUCAACUUUACUUGAAAAAUAUAAAGCAUGAGUUGAAAUAGACCUGUUUACUUUAUUUAUCAUCUUUCCUUUGUAUAUAAAAAUGCAUUUCUUUGCACAUUAGUGUUCAGGAUUUUCUCUAAUUAACACAAGAUGGUGAUUUGACCUGUUCAAAUGUACUUUUUGUGGGUUAAUGAAGUGCAGUACGUAUGUGUUUAGUGGGCAUUAAACAGUGUGUUUAUUUGUCCAAGAAGAUGUAGUUAGAAAGAUUUAUUAUUAUGUGGCAUCAUUUUGACAUGCUAUUUUUUUUCAUGCUGGUUGGGAAUCUAAAGAUGAAUAAAUAAAGAUUAAAAA